CUCCCGGGGACAUUCUAACGGCCGCCGGGCCCAGCGCCUCUCGCCCCGCUAUUAAUACCGGCGGCCCGGGAGAGGGGCGCAGCGCAGUCAUGGGGACACUGCUGGCUUUCGUGGUCGGCACGGCGCUGAUAUCCUCAGCCUAUGCGGGCUGUGUGGAGGUAGACUCGGAGACGGAGGCUGUGUACGGGGAGACCUUCAAAAUUCUGUGCAUCUCUUGCAAGCGCCGCAGCGAAACCACCGCUGAGACCUUCACUGAGUGGACGUUCCGCCAGAAGGGCACUGAGGAGUUUGUCAAGAUCCUGCGCUAUGAGAACGAGGUGCUGCAGCUGGAGGAGGACGAGCGCUUUGAGGGCCGCGUGGUGUGGAACGGCAGUCGGGGCACCAGGGACCUGCAGGACCUGUCCAUCUUCAUCACAAAUGUCACCUACAACCACUCGGGUGACUAUGAGUGCCAUGUGUACCGCCUGCUCUUCUUUGAGAACUAUGAGCACAACACAACCGUCGUCAAGAAGAUCCACUUGGAGGUAGUGGACAAAGCCAACAGAGACAUGGCGUCCAUCGUGUCUGAGAUCAUGAUGUAUGUGCUCAUCGUGGUGUUAACCAUAUGGCUUGUGGCUGAGAUGGUUUAUUGUUACAAGAAGAUCGCUGCUGCCACAGAGGCUGCUGCGCAAGAAAAUGCUUCGGAAUACCUGGCCAUCACCUCAGAAAGCAAAGAGAACUGCACGGGUGUCCAGGUGGCUGAAUAGCCCUGGCCCUGGGCUCCUCAAGGAAGAGCCAGCCCUAAUGGGGAACUUCCGGGCAAAGCCUGCCCCCAAUGGGGGUUGGCCAUUCCUGGGCCUCCACAGCCUCAGAGUCCUGCCAGCGGAGCUGCUAGGGUGGGAGGGACAGGUGGCUUAGCUCACACCCUUAAUCCAGCCUUCUUCCUCCCGCCCACUUGCCCACUCUCGCCAUGCAUGAUGGCUAAAGCAAUACUGCCGCUGCCGCCACCCCUGCUUCUGCUGCCUGGUUUUUUUUGGGGGGGGGGUGCGGUGAGGGGGGCAGCGGCUCCGCACCCCUCCUUCUUGCUGAUUUGCACACAUUGGCCGCUCAGACAUGCACUAUGGGGCCCAGCCCCUCCCUGCCCAGCGGGGUCGUGAAGGCCAGAACAGUUUUGCGCAGGGGGUUCUGGAACCCUCUUCAGCCUCACCGACAUUUCCCCUCCUGCUUCCUCUGGCUGGACCUGGGGUCUUCUCUCCUGUGAUGCACUUUGCCCAGCCCACCCUCUCACCAGCCUUGGAUUGUGGCCACUUAGAAAGUGGUCCAGACAGCCUCGUCUCUCUUUACACAAGUAGUUUUGUUCGUGAAAUAAAGAUUCUUGGACUUGA